UGAACAUUGAACAAUACAACCUUAUUACCCGGCAUUGUGCAAUAUGCACAUUUUGAUUUGUGCCUUGAUUUGUGCAUUGGACUCCAGGAAAGAAGUGAUCAUCUAUAUCAAUAUAGAAAGAUUGUGAAGAUAUUCGCACAAAAAAAACUUCAGGAUUCAGGAUGUCUGGUGGUGCAAAGGCUAAGACAAGACCCAUUAUUCCUGAGAGUGCUACUCCAAUUGAUAAAUUGAAGAUAACAAUAAAUAAAGGAGGUGUAAUCACUGAAGUGGAUGCCAUUCACGCCGGCUGGGCCGAGCCGAGGGAGUACGUGCCAUUCAGCUGGCCGCCCGAUGAACCGGUCGAGCAGGCCGGCUGGCUGGCCGGUGUCGAGCUGCUCAUUGAGGACCUGCACUGGCUGCUGCGCCGGCCCUACCACAGGUUCUGGUCUCAGGUGGUGUACGACCUGGCGCUGGCCGAGUGUCUGAGCACCACGCUGGAGACGCUGCCGCGGCCCCACGAGCUGACGCUGCUGCCGGCCUCCCCGGCCGUCCGGCAGGCCGUGCAGCAGGUGGCGCUGCUGGUGCUCAAACUGGCCCUCCGAAUGGCCACCUACAAGGAGAGCAAGGAGAACCAGUUGAGCCCGGCGCUAUUCGCCCAGCUGGUGUACGACAACUACCUCUGGGACAUGGCGCGGCUGAUGGACCUGUGCGCCGUCUACUCGGUCUCCAACUGCCAGCUGCUGAGCAGACAGCUGGAGUCGCUGUUCACCCACCAGCCGGCCUAUGUGCAGGACCUGCAGCUGACUGUGCUGGAACUGCCGCAGCUGCUGGGCCGGGUCGAGGAGCGCGUGGCCGGCACGGAGCUGGGGAAGUCCCUCAGCUGGACCGAGCUCUGGGACGUGGUGCAGUACGUCACCGAUCUGGCCACCUCUCUGGACGCCUUCCUGCGCGUCUACCCGGCCGGAAGUGUGCCCUUCAGAGAGACCGGCGUACUGGUCAGAAUAGCCUCAUUUUACGACACGGUGAUACCGCGACUGUGGCGACGACUGGAGGCGGAGACGCAGGCUGAGGUUCCGCCGCCGGCCGAGGUGCGGCGCCACCUGCUGCUGUGUCGCGCUGCGCUCAUCUCUGUGGUGCGCCGGGCGCUGGAGUACUGCUGUUUGGAGCCGCUCCGUGAGGAGCAGACAGCUACAGAGGCGGCUGGCCGGAACAGAGAGCGUCUGCUCGACUGCGGUGAGCGAUACCUGGAGGUAAUGACGGAGUGUCUGGCAGAACAGCACUUCAUGGCCGACUACCACCUACAGCACCCGAUCAACGAGGAUGUACUGACUGUGCGACAGGGCUGCCCGGAUCUUGACCCGGCGCGGCUCGACUACGUCCUGGACGCCGUGCUCAGCGCCGUACCGCCGGCGGCCGUCACCCCGCCCGAGCCCGCCCCCGCCCCCGCCGCGGCGGACCCGGACCCGGCCGGGGCGGGGGCGGGGGCGGGGGACGGGGGCGCAGAGGCCGGGCCGAUGGUCGACGGUGUCGAGCUGGAGUCGAUGGUGUCCCAUGUGCAGGACCUGCUGCCCGACCUCAGUCGCAGCUUCGUCAUGGCCUGUCUGGAGCACUACAACUUCAGCUCGGAGCGGGUCAUCAACGCGCUGCUGGAGGACUCACUACCCCCAUCGCUGGCAUCGCUCGACCGUACAGCGGAGGCGGCGCUCCCCCCGCCGCCCGAACCGGCCCCCGCCCCCGCCCCGUCGAGCGUCCUCUCGACGCGACGGAACGUGUUCGACGGAGACGAGUUCGAUGUGAUGAGUCGCAAUGAUGUCGACCUGAGUCGAUUCCACAAGGGCAAACGUAUGACGGAGGCGCGGCUGGCGCGCGAGCUGGCGGACAAGUCCUCCCUGCGCGAGGCCGGUCAGCGCGAGCGGUACCAGCUGUUUGGGUCGCUAACCACGGACGGUAGCGUGUACGAGGCGAUACACUAUGAGGACGAGUAUGACGACACGUAUGAUGACGUCAGCACGGGUCAGGAGGAACCCAAGGAGGAGGCGGAGGAGGACAGCGGGCCGGUACCUCUGAACCAGCCGCUGCCCAGCUCCCGGUGGCGGCGGCCCGACCCGGCCGCGGAGGAGGACCAGGAGACGUCCGGGCCGCGGCGCGACCACUUUGUCCAGGACCCGGCCGAGGUGCGCGCCCGGCAGGAGGCCCGCCGACAGGAGCAGCAGCAGCGGCGCCGCGGACGGGGCCGCGGCGGCCACCACGGCCCGCCGCCCAACAGGGAUGUCGUCGGCGCACCGCGCGGCCAGGGCCAGGACAAACAGGUUCUGCAAAACCGGCGGCGGAAAAACGAACAGAAGUCCACCCAGCACCGGCGCGGCGCCGACCGGAAGCAGAGGGGCGGCAUGUUCUAGGCGCAGCGCGCGCGGCGUAUGUUGGCUGUGUCGGCAGAGUGCCGGGCGGGAGGC